GGUUCGGUAACUCUGUGACGAUGAGGAGAUGGACGUGUGGUUUUGUACUGCUGGUUACUGCUGCACUGGUGCUGGGUCGGGACUUAGAAUCGAAGCGAGACAGCUACCAGGUGCUGCGAGUUCGUCCAAGCUCGGCCGAUGACGUCACGUUUCUCCGGGAGUUGCAAAGAAAAUACCAGCUGGACGUUUGGAGAAUGGCCUCACGUGUCCACCAACUCUCGGACAUUCUCGUCUCGCCCCACCUCAAGCACGAGAUCAGGCAAUUGCUGGACGACUUCAACUUGCCGCAUCAGGUCAUCAUACAUGACGUAGAAAGGUUCCUCCAGGUCAACGACCCUUUGGCCAACAGGACAAGAGUGGCCAGGGCCACGUCAAGGGGAGACUACAGGAACAGAUACCUGAGUUAUACAGAGCUCCUGGAGUUCCUGCGAGAAGUGGAACUGACCAGCACCCAGGCUGACGUGGAGGUUGGUUCCAUCGGAGACUCGUUUGAGGGCAGGAUGACCCCGUACGUCAAGAUCACAGGAAGAAACAACACAGCGGCGAAAGGAACAAUUUUUAUAGACGCUGGGGUACACAGUAGAGAGUGGAUCUCGCCAGCCAUGACGGUAGAGAUCAUUCAUAGGCUCGCCUACAACGUGGAGAACGACAAUGCUGUAACUGCCCUGUUAAACCUGUUUGAUUGGAUCAUUGUGCCUCUUGUCAACCCUGAUGGCUACGUCUUCACGUUCCAGCCGGGGAUUGAGAACCGACUGUGGAGAAAAAGCCGGUCCACCAUGUACUCAGACCUCCCGCGGUGCUAUGGUGUGGAUCUCAACAGGAACUUUGGCUACGAGUGGAACAAUAGUCCCCAAUCUGGCGGAAGUGCCGACCCCUGCUCUGGAACUUUCUCCGGACCGCGCAGCUUCUCGGAGCCGGAGAGCCGUAACCUGCAGCAGUUGCUGCUCCGGUACAGAGACAGGAUCCAGGGCUACCUGUCCUUCCACAGCUUCGGUCAGUUCUUCCUCUACCCCUGGGGCUACAGCAUCGACGCGAGACUCGAGGACGAGCAUGAUUUGUAUCAGGUGGCGCUGGCGUUUGCUGAUACGAUGAAGGCGAGGAACUACCAGUACAACAUCGGGGGUUCUGCCAAGGUUCUGUAUCCCGCGGCCGGCGGCUCAGAUGAUUAUGUGCGGGGCAGCGUGGGGGUCAAGUACUCCUACACGGUGGAACUUCCGCCCCAUGAGUCAUCCAAAUAUGGCUUCCUUCUGCCCGAGUCUGACGUCAUGUCUGUCGUGUCGGACACGUGGGUCGGCCUAAAGGCCUUCAUGCUUCACCUCAGUCGGUACACGGAACCUGUUCCUGCAAGUUCUAGAACCUUCCAGUCACCUCUCACCGACACGUCACCCCCACAGAGAGCCACGAGUGACAAAAUGUUGACCAAAACUGGACAAUUUCGGCAAAAUUUCCAGAGACCGGAAUUUUUCCGGACGUACAUCAGCGACGAAAACCGGAGGAAGCGACAAGACGGUCAGCCGGCCAAGUCACGUGGCUUCUAUACCUUCAGGGCGUUCGCCACCAAGUCACGUGAUCGAGAUAACGGUACCAGCCUAGCCAGACUCAAACGGCACAAACCCUACACAAAACUUGACACAAAACCCUACACAAAACUUGACACAAAACUUGACGCAAAACUUGACAGUGGAACCAGCCAAGCGAGAUGGACAAAACGACAAAAACCCGACAGAAAAGAUAAAUUAGAACAAAAAUAUAGGCCUGGGUAUCUAGGAAAAUAGAAUUGUUACCAAAUUUUCAUUGUUUAUUUUUUCUUGUUGAAAAAAAAAUUAAUUUUAAGAUAUCGUGCCUGAUAGAUAAAGAGAUACAAGAUACCCAGAUAGAUGAAGAGAUACAAGACACCCUCCCAGAUAGACGAAGGCCUACAACCCCCACUCCCUCCAUAUUGUGCAAUACUUUUGUUUGCCAGAUUUUAAGUACCAUGACGUCACGUCGAAAGAUUUAAUUUGCUCCACACGUAUCAGAACGUGUUUACAACGUUCAGCCCCAGACUAUUUUCAAUGCUAGAUAUUAUUUCAAAGUCAAAGAAAUCCUGUUUGGUAACUCAAUUUCGACAAUAAUGGUCAGUAUAGAGUUUUUGUGAAAAUGUCAAAAAUAGUUUUCAUCAACAUUUGUGAAAUUAAAAAGCAGAAU